AUGGACUGGGAACCCCCCUUUUGGCUGGCUGCGCGCGCCUCUUUUCGUACGGGUUCGAUCCUCGAUCCGCUCAAGUUGGUCCUGUCCGCGCGCGGUGCCCCUUAUCCAUCGUAAUUACGCGUCGUCGGCAACUCGUAUAUUUCGUUUGCUACUGGGAAAGCAAUCCUGGCAUCAAAAGAUGCAGCCGCGGCCGCGUUUGGGCCAAAAUGGCGCAAGCAGCUGGCGCAAGCAAACGCGGCCGCGGCGGGGCCGAGCGGCUGCUCCGAGGCUCCGCACGCUGUCGCGCACGCGUCGGCUGCUGCAGCUCGGCUGGAUGGCGCGCCGCGACCGAGAAUGAGAGAAAUCCCACGACAUCGGAGAACGCCGAACGAGACCCGCGUCCCACACAGGUCGUUAGAGCCAUGAAGCUCGCCGUGUGCCUUUUGGCCGCGCCGGUCGCCGGCCUGGUGGCGCCGGCCGCGCCGAAGGCGGAGACGCGGCUGCACAGCAGCGACUACGCGAAGACGCUCUACGGCGUCGGCCCCGAGACGGGCUACUGGGACCCGCUGGCGCUGGCGGACCUGGGCACCGAGGUGACGGUCGACUUUUUCCGCGCCGCCGAGGUGAAGCACGGGCGCAUCGCGAUGAUGGCGUCGCUCGGCUACAUGCACCACCUCGCGGGCAUCCAGCUGCCGGGCUACCUGAGCCCGUCCGAGGGCCUGAAGUUCUCGGACCUCGGCGCCAUGUCGCCGGGCGAGGCGUGGGGCAAGGUGCCUGCCGCGGGCGUGGCGCAGAUCUUCGGCGCCUGCGCGGCCGUCGAGAUCUACUCGAUGACGCACGACUCGAAGGGCGACUUCAAGGGCGGCGACUACUGGUUCAAGGGCGGCCUGUCGCCGAACUUGGGCCUCGACCCGCUUGGCUUCGGCAACGCCGACGCCAAGGCCGUCGAGACGUACAAGACGCGCGAGCUGAAGAACGGGCGCCUCGCCAUGAUCGGCAUCGCCGGCUUCGUCGCGGCGGACGUGAUCCCGGGGUCGGUGCCGUCGCUCGCCUAGGUGUGUGGAGGCGUAAUAAGCGGUUGACGUAGUAA